AUGAGUGAGCCGUGGAGCACUGAGGAUGAGAUCCGCUUGCUGCGCUGGAUCGGCGAAUUCAAGCCAAUUGGCGUCAACAAACAUUUCCACAUGAUCAGCAUUUUGGAGAAAUUGAACAAUCCGGACAAAUUCCCAGUUGUUUUGUUGUUUGACAAGCUGAAAAGCGGUGCCCAACGGACGUAUCUUGCGCAAGACGUGUGGACGAAACUUGCUGAUUAUUACGUCCUGGAAAAGCUGGAUAAAAUGGACGAUGCAUUGGAAGCCGAACAUGAGAACGGAAAUCGGGACUCUGACGGUUUGUCAGGUCCAAUGCGUACGAAUUGGACAAGUAAACGUGAGUUUUCCCUUCCCUGGGAAGAGUACGGGGAAUUGAUGGUUUCGAACGCGCGAGACGGCCUCGAAACGGCUCCUGACGCGAAGAAUGACGAGGAUUCGAUAUCUCCGGCGUCAGUGGCGUCAGCGGAUAAUGGGCCCGUACGCCGCGUAACACGCUCUGCUGUGACGACCCGCAGUAAUGCGCGGACCACGCGAUCUCACGCUACGGAAAGCGACGCGGCCCCGCAAGACGUCAAGGAUUCGGCGCCUGAGCCGGUCCCGGAGCCGGAAUCUGAACCGAAACGGGAGCCGGACCAACCUAUCAGCGACGACGACGACCACCAGGCGCCCGCUGAAGCGCGCAGCAAACCGGAACUCGAAAAACCGCCCCUCAAGAGGACACGGGUGUCGACGCGCACCCAGACGGCAUCUGUUGCGACAGCGUCAGCUGCGACAGCAGCUGACGAACCCCUGCAACCGGUGCCAGAGACCGCGGACGACACGGCAGCCGCGGGCAAAAAGGGCAAAAAGCCCAGCACCGCUGCUUCCAAAGACACUGCGACGCCGGCGCCACGCGCGAGCAGUCGCGUGGCGAGCCGGCUGCGGAACCGGAAAUGA